AUGAAAAACUCUCUUAUGUUGACCGCUCUUGCGAGCACAGUGUCAGCCAAAUAUUGGGGUCCUUACCACAGUCCUACCUACUCGAAUGCUUCCCUGUCCUUCGAUGCCACUAUCAGAGUCAACGCUGAGCAGCGCUAUCAGACCAUGAUUGGUGGUGGAUGCUCAGGUGCGUUUGGAGCGGCUUGCACUACCAACACCCUCUCUGCAGCCGACCAGGACGCGGUAGUCAGAACGUUGUUCGACGAAAACGUUGGCGCUCUAUCUAUACUCCGCAACCUUAUUGGAUCUUCUCCUGGCGCGACCAUACUUCCUACCUGCCCUGCUACCCCUGCCGGUCCGUUCAACUACACCUUCCCCUCCAACAACGACAGCUGUCAGUUGACCUUGGCUCAAAAUGCGCUCAAGUACAAUCCGGACCUGUACUUGUACGCAGAUGCUUGGUCAGCUCCAGGCUGCUUCAAGACCACUGGCCGUGAAGCUGGCGGUGGUUUCAUCUGUGGUGUCAGACGCUCGAACUGCACCUAUGACUGGCGUGAGGCUUAUGCCAACUAUCUGAUCGAGUACGUCAAACUCUAUCAGCAGCGCGGUAUCAAGGUUUCUCUGCUAGGCGCAUACAACGAACCUGAUUUCAACCCUGUCACCUACUCUGCGAUGUUGUCUGACGGCUACCAAGCCUACGACUUCCUAAGCGUCUUUUACCCGAUGGUCAAGAAGGCUUUCCCCAGCCUGGCUGUGUCCUGCUGUGACUCAACCGGUGCUCGCCAACAGCGCGACCUUCUAUACGAACUUGAUCGCGUUGGUGGAAAGACUCUCUUUGAUGUCAACACUUAUCACAACUACCAGUCUGAUAUCAAGAGACCUUUUGACGACCUCCUUGCCGGACAACCUACCAUCGAGACUGAAUGGAGUGAUGGCGGCAACACCUGGACUAGGACCUGGGAUGUCACAGGAAACAACUUCGAGGGUUUCCAGUGGGCUAUCUACAUGCACAAUGCAUUCCGCAACAACGUCGCUGGUUGGAAUCAUUGGUGGUGCAGUUGGACAGGUCCUACAGAUGCCGCCCUUGUCCAGGUGAACGGCACAUCGUAUGAAGUCUCUGCUCGCCUGUGGGCCUUUGCUGGUUACUUCCGCUUCGCACGUCCUGGCGCUGUGCGCUUGUUCACCGACAGCAGUGUUGAAGAAGUUUAUGUCACUGCGUGGGAGAACAAAAACGGCACCAUUGCCAUUCCUGUCAUCAACGCUGCGCAUUACACAUACACGUUGGACGUGCAGUUGUCCGCCACAAAUGUGUCCAUGGCGACUGCUUACUUGACUGACAACGAACACAACGUCACCCAGGCCGAGCAGUUCACUUUUGAAGGUGGCAGAUUCAGGGCUCAGAUCGAGCCCAGGGCUAUGAAGACAUUCUUCCUAGAAGAGGCAGCGACUUGA